CAGGAGACGCACGCACGCGCCUCUAAUUGCCCGAUGUUGUGAGCUUGGUUAAGAGGCCACGCCCCUUCAAUUAGUGCUCCUACUCUCGCACGAGUGCACCGUCGCACGGAGACAAUACGUGUAGAGCUAUUAGUCAGCUUUCUCUAAAUAUUUAGCACUAUCCUGUCUGACUGACACACACACACACACACACACACAGUGUAAAAAUUUUUUUUAAAAUAAAUUCUUUAAACUGGUUCUUUAGGUUGUUUCUUGAUUGGAACCCAUCAAGGUGCCCCCAGAAACAUUCUUCUAUAGGUUCUUUCUGAGAAUUAAAAACCUAUUUUUUUCUUUUCUCAGGCUUAGUGUAGAGAGAGAGAGUGUGCAUGUGACACACACACACACACACACGCAGAGAGAGAGAGAGAGAGAGAGACUUACUACCUGCCCGUGCGUAAUUCUGGGAGGACUCCGCAGCGCGUCCUCUCGCCGAGCAACAACACAAACACUCAAAAAGAGACCGGCGGAGAGACAGUAGGAGAGAGGGAGAGACGCGGAUGCGAGAGUUUCCCACCGGAGGAGUACAGUUAAGCACCGACAGAACGUCUCCGGCGUCGACGCGCGGAUCCGCGAGCCAUGUAUCUGAACAGAGAAGAGGAGCCGAACAAAGGCUCAGUUGCACUGAGUGUGUUCCUGGUGUCAUUGGCAGUAACAGUGUGUGCUGUUUGGCUGGUGGCUCUGUGUGGCGUCUGUGGUUGGUGUCAACGCAAGCUGGGAAAGAGAAAUAAACCGGGGGUCGAGGCAGUGAGCACUCCAGACUCUGCACGAGGCCGAGGAGAGAAGAAAGCCAUCAAUGAUCUAGACAGAGACUUUUGGAAUAACAAUGACAGCAAUUCAGAGCAGCAGCGGUGGAGCUCCUACCCGCCCAAGGAGUUUGUACUAAACAUUUCUCCCUAUGCCCCUUACGGAGACCCUCGCCUCACGCUCAAGUGAGUCUCUGUCCAGGCUGGUAAGAGACCCAAACCCUUACCCAAUAGACCCCACCCUAACUACCCGACCUUUUAUAACCCCUGCCACCAGGCAAGGCUGUAGAGUGCGGCUGUGGAGGCGAGCUUGAUUCUUUG